AUGAGGGGUGGUCAGGUUACUCUGAACCCGGAUGUUUUCCCCUGUCCCCGAAGGCCACACAGUGAGAAGUGGAAGGGGAGAGACAGUAACUUUGUCCUGGGGAACGCGCAGGUGCAGUCGCUUUACCCCAUCGUCUACUGCUCGGACGGGUUCUGUGAGCUGACGGGAUUCGCUCGCGCCGAGCUCAUGCAGAAAAGCAGCGCGUGCCACUUCCUGUACGGCCCCGAGACCAGCGACCGCAACACUGCUCAGAUCCAGGGGGCGCUAGACGAGAGACGAGAGUUCAAGACUGAGCUGGUGUUCUACAAAAAGGAAGGUACUCAGUUCUGGUGUCUUCUGGACAUCGUACCCAUUAAGAAUGAGAAAGGAGAAGUGGUCCUCUUCCUCGUGUCCCACAAAGACAUCACGGACAAGAAGAAGGAGCAGAAUCCAGAGCAAGGGCCUGAGACCGAUGAGGAGACGGGUCUGGAGGUGCACCAGGUCACUCGACCUCCAGGCUUCAAUACAAACCGGCGCCGCAGCAGAGCUGUCCUCUAUCACCUGUCAGGACACCUGCAGAAACAGGACAAGAGCAAACUCAAGAUCAACAAUAACAUGUUUGGAGAGAAGCCCCCUAUUCCUGAGUACAAGGUGGCAGCCAUUCAGAAAUCUCGCUUCAUCCUGCUUCACUACGGGACUUUUAAGGCAGGCUGGGAUUGGCUGAUUCUUCUGGCCACUUUCUACGUGGCAGUCACAGUGCCCUAUAAUGUGUGCUUCACUGUGGGAGGGGGGCGGGACGAGGGGAACAUCAACGCCCCGAGGAGCCCCCCCAGCGUCAGCGACAUCCUGGUGGAAAUCUUGUUUAUCUUAGACAUAGUGCUGAAUUUCCGCACUACUUUUGUGAGCACGUCAGGUCAGGUGGUGUAUGACGCCCGCUCCAUCUGUGUCCACUACGUCACCACUUGGCUGUUUGUGGACCUCAUCGCUGCUCUUCCCUUUGACCUCCUGUACGCCUUCAACGUCAGCGUGUACUUUGGAGUGAACCUGCUGAAGACUGUGCGGCUGUUGCGGCUGCUGCGGCUGCUGCAGAAGCUGGAGCGUUAUUCUCAGUACAGCGCAGUGGUGUUGACGCUGCUCAUGUCCAUGUUCGGGCUGCUGGCGCACUGGAUGGCCUGUGUGUGGUACUUCAUUGGACGCAGGGAGAUCGGGAGCCCUGUGUCCUGGGACAUUGGUUGGCUGCAUGAACUGGCGAAGCGUCUGGGCACCCCGUACUUCCUGUCCCCCUCUCCCACACUGGUUCCAGGGGGUGUUAGUGGCCUGCAACCCAACAGCUCGCACUGGAACAUGAGCGGCUCUGAGAUGGGGGGACAGACAUGGAAUUCCUCGCAGUAUUUUGGAAACAUCUCUGUGGCGGACGCAGUGUCCGGGGCCGAUGCAGGGGCCGUGAGCAUGGGGGGCUUGGCCGGGGGUCCCUCCAUGCGCAGCAGCUAUGUGACCUCCCUGUAUUUCGCCCUGAGCAGUCUGACCAGCGUGGGCUUUGGGAACGUCUCAGCCAACACCGACUCGGAAAAGAUUUUCUCCAUCUGCACCAUGCUCAUUGGAGCCUUGAUGCAUGCGGUGGUGUUUGGGAACGUCACGGCCAUUAUACAGAGGAUGUACUCGCGCCGCUCGCUCUACCACACUCGCACAAAAGACCUGAAGGACUUCAUCAGGGUGCACCGUCUGCCCAAGGCUCUUGAGCAACGCAUGCUGGAGUGUUUCCAGACGAUGUGGUCAGUCAACAAUGGGAUAGAUGUCAACGAGCUUCUAAAGGACUUUCCAGAUGAGUUACGUGCAGACAUCGCGAUGCACCUGAACAAGGAGCUGCUGCAGCUGCCGCUGUUUGAGUCGGCCAGCAGGGGGUGUCUGCGCUCGCUGUCACUCAUCAUCAGGACGUCGUUCUGCGCUCCAGGAGAGUUCCUCAUCCGCCAGGGAGAUGCCCUGCAGGCCAUUUACUUUGUCUGCUCCGGCUCAAUGGAAGUCCUCAAAGACAACACUGUGCUGGCCAUCCUGGGUAAAGGGGAUCUUAUCGGCUCUGACUCUCUGACUAAAGAGCAAGUGAUAAAGACCAACGCUAAUGUGAAGGCCUUGACCUACUGUGACCUGCAGUACAUCAGCCUGAAAGGUCUGAGGGAGGUGCUGCGGCUGUAUCCAGAAUAUGCACAGAAGUUUAUCAGUGAAAUCCAACACGAUCUCACCUACAACCUCAGAGAAGGCCACGGAGCAGACGGAGAUUGGGAAAGCAAUGGUGGUCUUGUGAAGAAGCUGCCGUCCAUAAAAGAGGAUGAGGAGGGUGAUGAAGAGCAGAACCUCGUGUCUCGGGCCCCUCGCUCUCCGCUGCGUCUGAACAGGGGCCUGAACUCCCCCCUCCGCUCGCCCCUGCUCCCCCCUCGAUCUUUCCGCUCCCCCUCAGAGCACUUGCGGCCCAGCACUUUGCAGAUCCCAGUGGUCAGCUUCAGCAGCGCACCGCCAGAACUCAGCCCUAGAUUCGUGGACGGCAUUGAAACCGAGAGCAUUUGCAACUUGUCUCAGAGGUUUGAGUUCAGUCCCAGUCUGUCCCCCGCUGCCUCCUCUCCAUAUCCAGGGGUGAGGGAACAUGCUGACAUCAAGCAGAGUGUCUCCAAACUCACAGAGGAAAUGAGCAGCCUCUCCAAACAAGUGUCCCAGCUCAGCCACGAGUUGCAGGAGAUGACCCGCCUCCUCAAGCCCCUCCUCCAGGCUUCCCCUUUGUCACAUCUGACUCCGCCCCCCAGCAGUGCGAGCCAGCAGCCCCCCAGCGCCUGCCUGGUGAUCCCUACCGCCCUCACCCCGCUCCUCACACCUUGCUCCCCACAGAGACUGGACUCUAAAUCCAUAUUGGACAGCACGGUCACGGAGGAGGUGGAUCUACUGGGAUGCCUUCUCCCCACAACCCACUCCCCUCAGAAGCCCAACUCGUUAACAUCAUCGCCGCUUCUGCCAAAAUCUAAUUUAAACGUAAACGUGGACAAUGAACUCAUCCAGGUUUCAUCUAAGAACGGGAUAGUUGUCGUGCCCGCCCACCAGGACCCUCCCCACACACCUUCCCCCUCGUUAUCCUUCUCUAUGUCACUGUCUUCAUCGCCGUCGCUGUCCCCCUGCCAGGGCCCCCACCUGUCCCGCCCGGGCAGUUGUACAACCAGAAACCAUUUGCAACAACCCCAGCAUCCGCCGCUCUCCACGCACUGCUCCGCCCCCCCCUCCCUCACCUCGUCACCAGGGGACCGCCGGUUCAAGCAGCCCGCACCUCUCAUAUCGCACCCUUCUCCCCCCUGCCCUUCCACGCUGUCUCUGCCACAUUCGCUGGACUCCCGGACGCGGCACGGAGACACCACACAGACUGCGUUUUGGUGUAAUUCCCGGCAGCGUCAGGCAGAUGGGAGGUCGGCGUGUGGACCACUGGAGAUGGAGAUGCAGGAGAGGGGGCUAACAGACACUAGGCAGUCCUCCACAGAGCACAUAAGCUUCAUCGAUGAGGAAUAG